UACAAAUUGCCCCCCACAUUGUAACAUAAACCCAUUCGAUUCGAAGAAAGAGCAAAAUACAAAAAUGGCGAGCGAGGAAGAGAGCGCCGUGAAGGAGCCGUUGGAUCUGAUAAGGCUCAGCCUCGACGAGCGCAUCUACGUCAAGCUUCGCUCCGACCGUGAGCUCCGCGGUAAACUCCAUGCUUAUGAUCAGCACUUAAAUAUGAUUCUUGGUGAUGUUGAAGAAAUUGUUACUUCUGUAGAAAUUGACGAUGAAACUUAUGAAGAGAUUGUUCGGACUACAAAGCGGAUGGUUCCUUUUCUCUUUGUCAGAGGAGACGGUGUCAUCCUAGUGUCACCUCCUCUAAGGACAGCUUGAUUCAGUUACUGGUAUUGGGAAAUCUUCUGUUUUGACAUUUAACAAAUCUCCCUCUCUAUGUUAUUCUGCUUUUAGAUUUCUGAAUGAAUUAGAUUUCUUGUAUCCCCAGCUACCUAGGAUCAGAUUUUUAACUUUAUUCGAGGAAACCGAAAGAGCAGUUUUCAUAUGAAUCUCAGUUUGAGGUGCCUCGGAAAUUGAUGGAUACAAUUCAACGUAAUCUUCAUGGAUGGAACUCUUGUAUCUAUGGCUAUCUAAGUAUUUCUUCAUGAAAUGUUUUCUUGAGAUUGAA